AUGUUUUUAGGGCUGUUGCCCAUGCUGGGGCAUGGCGGAUUGGAGCUCGGGAAUCCGGCUCCUGGCUCCCGGUACAGGACCCGCGGAGAGAUCGCCGUGACGAUCGGCGCUCUCAAGGUAUGCUCGGGGGAUUUAGAACGGGGUAAGAUGCUUCAUCUCGAUGCGAUCGAGAGUGGGAUUCACACGCACCCUCACGUCGCGGCGGCGCUGGUGAGCAUGUAUGCGAGGUGUGGGAGCUUGGCGGAGGCGCACAGGGUUUUCGAAGAGAUGCCUCGGCGUAAUGUGGUCUCUUGGAACGCAUUGAUUCAGGGGUAUGCCGAGAAUGGACAGGAGAAUUUGGCUAUGAAAUCGUUCGUGGUAAUGCAGGACAGGGAAGGACUUUGUCCGAAUUCUCAGACUUUUGUGGCGGUUCUCAAGGCUUGCACCAACAUGGCAACUAAAGGAGAGAGGGCAGGCGAUGGGGUCUCGGUGAAAGAACAGACUUUAGAGAAGGGAAUGGCGCUUCACUCUCACGCAACAGUCAGUGGAUUCGAGUUGAAUGAGUUUGUGGCGAACAGUCUCGUGGAGAUGUAUGCGAAGUCUGGAAGCAUGGAGGAUGCGAGCCGAGUUUUCUUCAGGAUGAAAUCACGGAGCGUCGUUUCGUGGACUGCUAUGAUACUUGGUUUCGCAGAAAAUGGUGAAGAAGAACUUGCUCUGGAGCUGUUCGACCUCAUGCUAGAGACUCAAAGUUGCCGGCCAGAUGCGCUUACAUUUGUUGCUGCUAUCAAGAGCUGCGCGCGCUUAGCUAUCAAGGAAGAAGGGAGGCUGAUCGGGAAGAGCCUUGUCAAAGUCACAAGUCUGGAGAAAGGCAAGAUCGUCCACACUAGAGCUAGAAACAGCGGCUGCCAGUCGAGCAUUGUUUUGGAGAGCGCACUUGUGGACAUGUACUCGAAGUGUGGCAGCAUGGUGGACGCACGAAGGGUUUUUGACAGUGUGAAGUGUCACAAUGUUGUGUCCUGGAACUCACUGAUACAGGGAUAUGUCGAAAACGGGGAAGAAGAUUUGGCUCUUGAGUCACUCUUUCGGAUGCAAGCGGAAAAGAACUGUCAGCCAGAUGCUCGCACGUUUGUCGCAGCUUUUAAAGCAUGCGGUGGCUUGGCGGCAAAAGAGAAUGGCAAGAAGCUGGACGAUCUUCCAAAGCUGGUGAAGGUUGAGUCUCUAGAGAAAGGCAUGGCCUUGCACGCUCGGCUGGCAAAGAGCACUUGCGGCCCGGACGUGUUCCUGACGAAUACCUUGGUAGACAUGUACGCUCGGUGCAGAAGCAUGCAAGACUCUCAGAAGGCAUUCGAUCAAAGUUCCCAUCAUACUACAGUCUCGUGGAAUGCCUUGAUUCUUGGAUACGCAGAAAACGGGGAAGGCGAAGCUGCUCUCGAGUUUUUUCAACAAAUGUUAGCAGCGGGGGAGUGUCCACCGGAUUGUCUCACGUACAUUGCCGCGCUCAAAGCUUGCAACACAGUAGCAGCGACGGAGAAACAACUUGUAAAUGGCCUGUGCUCACCCUGAUGUGUUUGUUGCCAACACACUUGUGGAUGCUUAUGCAAGCUCUGGCAACAUGUUCGAUGCUUGCAGAGUAUUCGAGAGUAUGAACUUUCGUACUCUUGUUUCCU